AAGAAGUUCUAUGAGGUGUUCCGAGUACAUUCUUCAUCCAAUCAUAUGCUCCAUAAUAUGCAAGAUUUUCAUAUCACAUGGCUGGAAUUCCAACUGGGUCCAGGUGCCCUAGAAAGUGACACUCAGAACCGAGAUUUGGAAAAUUACACUGAGGAAGUGUGUGGUCAGGUGCUGGCUCAAAACCGUAUCGUAGGGGGAGAGGAUGCCUCUCGUGGAGCGUGGCCAUGGCAAGUUAGUCUCCAGUAUGACGGACAGCACAUCUGUGGAGGGACCCUCAUCAAUACUCAGUGGGUGCUGACAGCAGCCCAUUGCUUCCCUAGCCGUUUCCUCCUCGAGAACUUCCGGGCAAACCUUGGGAACUACCAGCUCUUGAACCCAGACCCCAACGCUGUGUGGUUGAGAAUUUCCCGGGUGAUUGUGAACAAGGACUAUGCCGGAGAUGGGACCAGCGGCGAUAUAGCUUUAGCUCAGUUGGAACGGCCAAUCCGCUUCACCCAAAGCAUCCUUCCAGCCUGUCUUCCAGACACCAGUGUCCAGUUCCAAGAGGGCACCUCAUGCUGGGUGACGGGGUGGGGAGCCCCACAAUAUGGAGCUUUACUUGGGGCUCCUAAAACACUGCAACAGCUCCAGCUGCCCUUGAUAGACACCUUAGCCUGUGACACCAUGUACCACAUUGGUACCGGUAUCAGCCCAAGUCAGCGAGAGAUCCAGGACGACAUGAUUUGUGCAGGCUAUGCCAAAGGACAGAAAGAUGCUUGUCUGGGUGACUCCGGGGGCCCUCUCGUCUGCCAAGUGAAUGGCACCUGGUUUCUGGUGGGCAUUGUGAGCUGGGGUGACAUGUGUGCCAUACCCAACCGCCCAGGUGUCUACACCCGAGUUGGUUUCUACCAGGACUGGCUGGAGAGACACCUUCCCAGUGUUCAGUUUGGCCUAGUGAACAUCACUGUUUACUCUCUGCCAUCAGCCUCUUCUACCUUGUCCAAAGAUUUCUGCUUUGUGCUUCUUCUUGUGGCCUCCUGCCUCACCAGGACACUCCUCAUGUAGAGGAACAGCGGGUGUUUCUCGUACCACAAUAAGCAAUUCAGACACAAACAAAAUCCUGUGAAAUCAGAACUUUUCACUGAAACAUUCCUGGAGAUUACGGGUAAUUCAGUUGCUUCUGCUGCCCUGUGAUACCCCUGGCAACGUAUAAGGGAGUCCAGUUGACACCACUUACUGCCUGGUCGUUUUAACUGGAGAUGCUGGGGUUCGAACCUGCACUUAUCUGUAUGCAUAUCAGAAGUUCUUCCAUCAAGCCACAGACCCUCCUGGAGUGAAUGGUUUCUGAUCUGCAAAGUUUUUGAACAUUCCAUGAUUUCUAAACAAGAAAAGUAUGGGCUUGUAAGCAUGAGAUUGGCAGCUCCUUGUUGGGAAAUAAAUGGAGAUUUUUUGGGGGGUGGGGGGCUGGGGUAAGGAGAAGAGAGGCAUCAGUAAAGUAUAAUGCCAUAGAGCCCACCUUCCAAAGUGGGCAUUUUCUCCAGAUGAACUGAAUUGGAGAUCAGUUGCAAUACCAAGAGAUCACUCGCCACCACUUGGACAUUGGCACUUGUAAGUACAUCAUGGGUAUCUACAAGAUAUGGGGCAGGAGAUGGCGUUUUCACUUUGUUAAGGUGCAACAUAAAGCACUUUGCCCAAUUUCCCAGUCCUCUCUGUCUUCCCCUCUCCUCUGCUGGACUACAACACUUUUAAACAUUCAGUACUUAAAAGGUUCUGCUUGUGGAAUCUAGUGAAUAUACAUGCAAAUUUGCACAAAUGACGUCACCCCCUAAGUAUCUGGACUGCUUUGGAAAGUAAGAACGGGGAGGGAAUUCUUACCACUUUUGUAUAUGGCAAAUGAGAAGUAUGUGUGUGAAAACAUGAUUGUUAAGGCGGGCCCCACCGGUAAAUUUAUAUGACUGGUAAUAAUUGAAAUAGCAUUGUUGGUGCGAGAUAGUAUUUUUCAAGUUGAAGAUGGCAGCCACAGCAGUGUGCAUUCUAGCAGCAGUGACAUAGUGGUUAAGAGCAGGUGCAUUCUAAUCUGGAGGAACUGGGUUUGAUUCCCCGCUCUUCCACCUGAGCUGUGGAGGCUUA